UGUGAGCUGCUGCGAACCGGACCUGUCCGAGGAUAGAAACACCAACCUCUGCCCCGAGAACUGGUCUGGACUUCUUUAUUGUGACACCGUCGAGGAAAGUUGAACUGCCCGAACUAAGAGUGGCCGCUGUCAGACACCGCCGGGACAUUUGAGGAAAUACUGUUGGGAACCACAACAGAGCGCUUGUUUAAGGUCGGUACGUCUGGAUGAAAGUCUUGGGAUGAGAACUGUCCGUCUUCACCCUGUCACCCCCAGACCUCCAGGAGGAGACUCACGCUGAGGCUGUGUGGUGUGGCUGAGACCAUCACGGCACCAUGGCUCUGGUACAGUCGCUACCGGUUACUGUGACUGACCACCCCAAACCAGGCCUCGACGUCCAGCAGUGCGGGCCGCUAGCGUCCCACUCCCCCUCAGGCUCCUGCAGUUCCGGUGCAGCCAUGGGCUCAGUCAGCAGCCUGAUCUCCGGGCGGACGUACCAGGAGAGGCACUGUCGAGCAGCCAGCGAGUUUCCCGUCAAGCCGCGACGCUCCACGCCAGCGACCAGCUGCUUCCGAAUUCAGGAUGGUACGCUCCGCAGCGGGAGCUCGCUGGAGCAGCUGCUGGUCAUCAGCAGCCAAAUGCAGCCGCAAGGCCAGGUUCUCCCGCCACCCCUGCCCUCUAAAAAGCCGCCCAGACAAGUUAGCGGCAGCGACGCGAGCGAAACUAUCGUUGGUGCUACAGGAGGGGCUAAUGGAAACUACGGAUAUCCGACUAAUGAGGUGGUGGUUGCUGACUGGAAUGACAAUGUCGCGCUGACCACAACAAGCCCAUGCAGUGACCCGGAGGAUCUCAACGACAACAGGACACUGACCGGCAGUAUAGGGGGACCGCCACCCAAGCUAGUCCCAGUUUCUGGGCAGUUAGAGAAGAACAUGGAGAAAGUGCUGAUCAGACCGACAGCAUUCAAGCCUGUUGUUCCAAAGAAUCGUCACUCCGUGCACUACUUGUCUCCCCGGCCAGGAGGUGGCAGCCUCUCAGAGAGCCAGGGGAGCCUCAACCUCUUGCUGCCCCUUACCGUCUGCACCAACAGCGGCGGCAGCAACUCCAGCUCUGAAGGGAAGCGGAACUCUUUUGGUGGAGGUCGCAACGCUCGCAGCAGCCAGUCCUGUUCCCUGUCGGACUCUGGCAGAAACUCGCUCUCCAGCCUCCCGACUCACAGCAGCACCGGGUACAGCUUGGCUCCCAGCGAGGGGUCCAGUUCAGGGGGCCAGUCAGAGCCGGCGCCAGCUCUGACCCGGAACAUUUCAGGUGGAAUCGGCAGUCACGGACACAGUAACUCAGAUAGCGGCCGCUCCUCAUCCAGUAAGAGCACCGGCUCGGGGUCUUUGAGUGGGCGCGGGCAGCCCCUGUCAGACAGCGGGUCGUGUGGACACUCACCUCCACCAGUAGAGGGCUAUGAAGCAGUGGUGCGGGAGCUGGAGGACAAGCUCCGGGAACGGGACCUGGAGCUUCAGCAGCUACGGGAAAAUCUGGAUGAGAACGAAGCUGCAAUCUGCCAGGUGUAUGAGGAGAAGCAACGGCGCUGUGAGAGAGACAUGGAGGAGCUUCGGCAGAGCUGUGCCUCCAAGAUGAAGGCGGCUUCUCAGAAGGCUCAGAGAGCCCAGCAGGUUCUGCAGUUACAGGUGUUCCAGCUUCAGCAGGAGAAGAAGAAGCUGCAGGAGGACUUCUCUGCCCUGCUGCAGGACAGGGAAACUCUGGAGAGGAGGUGUGCCACCAUCCAAAGGGAGCAGACCCAGCUGGGACCACGACUGGAGGAGACCAAGUGGGAGGUGUGUCAGAAGUCUGGAGAGAUCUCUCUGCUGAAGCAGCAGUUGAAGGAGAUCCAGUCGGAACUCAGUCAGAAAGCCGGAGACAUCGUCGUCCUGAAGGCCCAGCUCAGAGAAGCUCGUUCGGAACUGCAAGCGAGCCAGGUCCGGACCCAGGAGGCCCAGACCGCCCUGCGCACUCGCUCUCUGGAGCUGGAGGUCUGCGAGAACGAGCUCCAGAGGAGGAAGAGCGAGGCCGAGCUGCUCCGAGAGAAGGCCACGCGGCUGGAGGAGGAGUCGGCCAGACUCCGCGAGGCCCUGGCUGGUCACAGCGGGAACAUGAAGGGGCAGUGCAUGAGUCUGCCCGCCCAGCACGGGCGGGGAAUGAUGAGCCGCGGCGGCCCCAGUCCUUCUGUGUACCGUGAUGCGGAUGAUGGACACCUGAACUGGGCUGGAGAGAGUGACGAAGCCAAAGCUCAGAGGCAGAACACAGAGAAUGUGCUGGGACUGAGACAGCAGGUGGACAGGUUGAAGGCUGAGCUCAUGUACGAGAGAAGGACGAGUGAAGAUCAGCUCUCCAGGUUUGAGGAGGAGAGGAGAGUGUGGCAGGAGGAGAAGGACAAGGUGAUCCGAUACCAGAAGCAGCUGCAGCAGAAUUACAUCCAAAUGUACCGUCGGAACCGGGACUUGGAGCGGGUGAUGAGGGAGCUCAGCCUGGAGCUGGAGAACAGGGACAUGGACGACUAUGAGGUCCACAGCGGCAGCAACGACAUCCACUUUGAGGAAAUCACUGCCACCGAGAUCUGAAGCGAAGCCCAUCAGCACCAGUUCCUGAAACCAAAUGCUGCACUAUGAUCCGGGAACACCGCGCUAAAGAGGGUGUCACUCCGACCGGGACGGUGCUGAAAACUCAUGAUCAGGGUAACACACAUCGAACCACUUCCAGCAGAAAUUCUGGAGCAAGGUCACACACUGGACCACCAGCAACAGCCCAUCAUUUGUAUUGACGUCUCAAAAGGGAAGUUACACCUGUUUCAGUCCAUUCACUUGUGGCUUCACCAGAAUAUACAGUAUUUUCACUGUGGGAUUACACAAAUGCAGUUCGUAGACACACAAGUCAAACAUAGUGUUUGCACUUUUUUAAACUUCAGAAUUAUAUAUAUAUGUGCAUUUAGCAAACACAGAGGUCAAAGUUACGUAGAGAAUGAAUGGAGAGAUUGCAGAUAACAAUCGGUUUGAAUCCUGUGAUGCAGUUCCAGGAUGGAAAGAGAUUAUUUAACAGUAGUAUUUUUCUGACAAGAGAGGGACUUUUUGGAUUUUACUCUCAACAAGAAAGGCCCGAUUUCAAGUUCAACUGAACCAAUCGAUUCUGAGAUGUCGGCUCCCCGUGUCAAAAUGUAGAAUGUAAAAAAAAAAAAAACGCUGAGCCAAGCAGAAAAAUGGCAGUUUUGUGAUCUGAAACUCAAAGCAACCUGUUCAUAAGUGGCACUCCAAGUGGUGUCAGAGUCUGGUUCACAUUAAGGAUUGAACUCUCUGUCUCAUAACUAUGUGUUCAAGCGCUGCCAGGCUGACGGGAGGGGCGUUGAUUUUAGUGACCUCAGGAUUCCGUCUGCUGUUUGCAGACGAUGUGGUGCUGUUGGCUCUAUCAGGAGACUUCCAGCCAUCUGGCCGCUGCCCCCUCGACCUGACCUCCGUCGGUGGGAGAAAUUCUUCAUCAAAAAUGUGCUUUAAAAAUAGCAGGAUUUUAGAAUCCGAAUGGCUCUUUCCAAAACACAGCAUCACUGUGACAGUCCAGUAACAACAACAACCCUCUGUAAUAUCUCUUCUCAUCCCCACCAACAGUCUGGUAGUGAGCUGGUAGCGCUGAAUAAUCUCUCUCUUCCUGACUUAUUUCUGACUCUCACUCCGCUCUAUUUUUGUAACCACCUAAAAAGCACCUCAGCCGCUGGUGUCAGGAAAGUGGAGCAUAUUUCUUCAACGUGAUCAGAGUUCUACUAUGGGCAUGAUGAUUCAGUUUCCACUCCUCGUCCCCAUCACUCCUUCCUUUUGUACCUCUGUAGGAGUGGCAUGCCUGCAUGUCUUUGUUAUUACACUUCAAAUCUCAGGCAGCAGGUCGGCUCGAAAUAAACCAGGCAAGAAGAGCAUGUUCUGCUCACUACUUAUAGUCUCAAAUAGUCUCUGUCAUAAAUAACAGAUUACAUACAUGUAAUGGAACAAUAGAUACAUAUAUUUAACUAAGGUUGUAUAUUUUUAUAUAAAUAUAAAGCACCUGGAGAUAUUUUGUUGUAGUACCGGUAUCAGUGUGGAUCACGUACGAAAAAAAGUGUAUAUAUAUAUAUAUAUAUAUAAGCACAGCAAAGCAUGAUUAUAUCUUUUGAUGCCACUUUGUUACAAAUACACAGUACAUGUUCUGUACAGGACUAAAUCCGCUAUUACCAUGAUACUAAUUCUGCCCUCUUAGUUUUGAAUCAUUUUUACUCUUCGAAAGAUAAAGGGUUGUUUGAAAAUAUGGAAGCACAAUAUACAACAGAGAGACUAAUCUAUGCGCUGAUUUGAAUACAUAGUAUUUUAAAAAUAGUGUGUGUGUAAAACACUGUGGCGUUGGGAGCGCAUUGAAAGGCAGUCAAAGGUUUUCAUAUUUAUGAAUCUUGGGCUCACGGUCCUAGUACCUGCAGAUUCUUUGGCAGUAAAACAUGAAGGGAUUCUGUUCUCCUGAACAAAGAUGGCUGACAUUUACUAUUUCAUCUUUGAUGAAUGCUAAUAAUUUUGAGUUUUGUUUAUUUUUUUUUGCAGCCAACUUGUUCAGUUCCCAUAAAGUCAAGCUAAAAAUACACAUGCUGAUUUUGGUGCCAUUUUAAACUAAGGGCUGUCACCAGAUUAAAAUUUUAAUCUCAAUGAAUCACACUAGAGGUGAGUUAACUCGCGAUUAAUCUCUUGUUCUCUUUCUUUUAGCUUGUUGUUGAGCCUCUUCAGAGCCGCUCAGGUUAUUCUAACAACUGUUCUUGACAGUAUGUCGGGCUGUUGGAGUAAACAAAUGAUGCAAGCAAUGGCCUCUUGUGUUCAAGUUACAUUUAGUGCAGGUGCAAAAUGUGUGAGUAACUUGCCAUUAAUCGCGAGUUAACUCACGUCGAGGACGAUUCAUUGAGAUUCAAAUGUGAAUCUAGUGACAGCCCUAGUUUAAACUUUACAUUUUGAUAACAAUUAUCACAUACACGACGCCACUGCUGUGUAAGACAAAUCAAUCCACUUGGAUUAUAUUUCCUUAUUUUAGAAAGAAUUUACAAGUGUGGAAUACUUUUAUUCCUCAACAUUCACUGUCGUCUCACUCUGGUGCAGCAUAAAGAAAGCACAGUUUGCAUCAUCAUAUCUGUAAAUAUGUACAACACUUCAUUGUAUAGCAGAGUGACUUCAUCUUUUACUCAGACAAAUAUAUAAAUAUAUAUUUCAAAUGUAGCCACUGUGACUAGACCAAAGCAACUUACCACACUCUUGUCUUCCUCUCGUCCUCAUUAUAUAUAUAUAUGUUUUUAUAUGUUGGUGUCUCCUCAUUCUAUCAGUCUGUAGUUGCUCAUGUAUAUUUUUUUAUGUACAUUGCUUGUAUAAAUGACAGUUUUUAAUUAAAGAGCAAUAUGUCACACGUUA